UCGUCUAUUGGCUGGUGAGUGAACAAACGUAGCAGUAAACAUGUCUUGUGCUUCUAUCGACAGACUCGAGAGCUUCUGCUAGUUUUUCUUUUUUUAAAAGCAGACCGUUUUAAAGUGAUGUUUUUUGUUUAAGAUUAUAUUUGACGUUAAGCAGGACUUUAACGUGCUGUGUGUAUUUACAUAAGCUAUUUCGUUCCAUCCUGCGUUUGCUUCCAUGGUAACUAUUGACUACAAGGUCAGACAAGCGCUGCAAAAGUGGCUUGUCGAGUUGCAAAUCAAUAUUUUUUAUACUGACGUUAAUUUGUGUUAGUGUUAAGCUAACUGUUAACUAAACUGUGACAUCUUGAAGUUGCUAUGAAAUCCAGCGGACCACUGUUUACGAGGCAGAAUCCAUUCCCACCUGUACCCACGGUGAAGACGAGGGCACACUACUACCCAUCACGCAAGAAGUCCCUGUCAAAAAAAGAGAAGAAAAUUACUCUAAGUCCUGUUCGUUUACAUCAGACCUCUAAUAGUCCACCUCGCUCUCUAAGCCGGGAAAGCCAACAGCUGUAUGAAAUUCAUAAUUUUCCCUCCAGUGAUGGACAGCAUGUAUUUACCGAGAUCUGGCCCUCUACCGAAUGUGGAUCCUCUCCUGAGGGUAAUGCUGAUAUCCCUGAAAUGUUGCCACAACUCUCUACAAAAUUAGAGAUAUCCACAGUUCCAUCUGGAGUGAAGGAGGAUUCUGUACUCGCAAAAUACAUAGAACGUUUUCGUCAUGGUCGGCCUCAGAGUCGAGCAGAGCGCCGACAGAUGAUUUCUACUGAUGGGCAGGAACAGAUCCCGUUUUGGUGGAUGAUCCAUUCAUCAGUCCCCAGUUCAAACCCAGACGGCCAUGAUUCUACCACUGACAGUCUAGAUGCGCAGCCUCAACAUGACAUAUUCUUAAAUGUCGGGUCUGACUGCUCUCAGGGGGAAUAUGAUGAUACAGAAUUAAUAAACCUUCAAGAAAGAGCAAGCAGACUUCUACUGAGAGGCGAAUGUAGUCCGAGUGAUGGGUCCAUUCCUGUUAGUUCAGAUGGCCUAGGCUGCUCCGAUUUCUCCUCUCCCAUCAGUGUGAACGAGCCAGUGCGACAGCCUUUGAUUCCCAGUUUGAUGAAAUCAACUAAUGCGGCUAUCUGUCCAGACCCAGCUGCUGCUGCCUCCUCUCAGAAAUAUGUCAUGCCCACCAUGACACCUCCCACUCGCCCAGAGGACGAUAUUUUGUUCCAGUGGCGAUUACGGAGAAAGAUGGAGCAGGCUAGAGGGUGGUCCCAGUCAAUGAAGCAAUCAGGGCUUCAUGAUUCUGCUUUCUGCUGGCAAGCCCCCAGUUUGGUCCAUGAAUCAGUCAGUGGAGAACCUUACAAGCAUCAACAGAGCUCCCAGCCUCCUCGCUUCUCAGAAAGCGACGCACAUCCACACAUGACCUCUUCCCAAGCAGAAACCACUGAGGCCCACAGACGAGGUGCUCCAGCUCUAAGUUCUCCACUCUUCCUUACUGCUGGUGUUCCCUCUUCUUCUGUGAUGUCUCAAACCCAGACUCUUUCCCAUAUUCCUGCUCACAUGCACUUACUCUGUGAUGUCCUUCCCUGCCCCAACCAGCCAACUCUUGCUAAUGAUGAGCGAAGCAUUUCACAGAAGCUGCCUGAGCCCCAAACCAAAGCUGUCCACAGAGAAACCCAAGUCUCAGAAAGCUUAUUGAGAACCAACAGUGACGGGCCUGUCAAAGAACGUUUGCCAGCCUCACGGCAUGCAUCCUCUGGAAACAUAAAAGGAGAUGGUCCUAGUCAGCAAAAAAUACUCCGUAAGAACAAGAAGAAGAAACUGGUGACAAAAGAGUCUGACCAGAAGACAGCCCUACCUUCCAGGCAGCAGAGGAAAGCUGUGAGGGAUUCUUCAAAUUCGAGCAAUCCAAAAAACACAUCAUCAGUAAAAGAGCAUCAUCAUGAUGAAGGCAAGACGGUUCCAAAGGAAAGCUGCAGUGGGGGUCAUGGACCACCGUCCUCUCCAGUUCACUCUGCCUUAGGACAGGUAGUUUCAGAGGUUUUGUUCCCUACGGUGGCUCAGAAGACUCCAGUUUCAUCCGUUUCUACUCCUAAAAACAUCUCCUCACCUUCAGUUCCUUUAAAUGUUACACAGAACUCGCUGCAGGUCAUUUCACAGCUGCUACAAGAGGCUGAAGAUUCUGAUGAAAAAGAGUUUGAAGAUGACCCUCUGUUGCAAGUCCUCCGCCAACAGAGAAAAUGGGUGAAAGAUCAGAUAAGAGAGGUGGACGUGAGGCUGAAUGAAUUCCAGGAGGGACAAGCAGUGGCUUGAACAAAUCAGACUGUUUUUUUGUUGUUGUUUUUUUUGCAGUUUUAUAUUGAAAUAAAGUUUAUUUAUAUGAUAAUAUUUCAACAUACAGUUUGGAAUAUGUCUAUAUGCAUUAAUUACAAUCACAAUAUAGUGCAUUUACAAAUGUUGCUCAAAGGUAUAGCAGCUUCAACAGUGAGUUAGGAAUAUUUACAGAGAGCUGUUUGUUGAAAUACUGUGGACGAUCGACGAGCAACACUAGAGGAGUACU